AGAUUCCUGCUGCCUCACCAUGAAACUGUGCCAGAAGUUUCAGGCUCUUAUAAGUGGAGUAUCUUGCGAAUCGAUUCCAUCACAACAUCUUCAUUUCACUCUUUUUAGCUACUUGACUAGGAAGAGAAUUCAAGCAUUAAGAAUGCAGAUGGCGUGCCAUCUCCGAUCCGUUAGCUUGCCCACUAGACCCCAUUCCCUUGUGCUCAAGGUCGACAAAGAGCUGCAGAAGCUGCGAGAUUGCGUGGCUUCUCCCUCCUCAACAGCCGAAAUGAUUUGCAACGCAUUCGAAGGGAUUAGAAAUCUGAAUGAGUGCAUUGAGGAGCUCGUUUGUUUGCCGAGCAACCGAAAUGGUCUCUUGCACACACAACAGAAGAAAUUGGUGGAGGAAGAACUGGAGAGAUCGGUCGAGGUACUUGAUCUCUGUGGCAAAAUGCGCGAUACAUUGGCUACAAGGAAGGUGCAUAUCCAAGACCUUCUGUCGGCUCUUCGCAGGGGACGAUAUGCAGCUAUGGCAAGCAAAGUUCAAUCUUGCAUCCGCUCGGUAAAGACAGGGGACAAGGAUAUCAAGAAGAUGAUGACUAGCAAGCAUGGACCUCUUUCUUCCAUCAAAGAGAAUUCCGAUCUUUUCAUUGUCGUCAGACUGUUGAGAGAAUCAAGAGAGAUCACCGCGUCUCUCCUCCAAUCAGUGUUGUCAUUCUUGUGCAAUCAAAUUGUCAGGCCAAAGUCCAGCAAUUGGUCUUUUGUCUCGAAGGCAUUUAACAAGAAGAAAGUUGCAUGCGAGGAGUGGCAAGAGGUUGCCAACUUUGCAUUCGCUUCUUAUUCUUGCAAGGAUAUGGACAAUGAGCGCGUUUCAAGGAUACGAAAGCAAUUGCAAACUUUAGAGGCCAAUAUCGAAGGCCUGGAGAAUGGAGUCGAUUUCUUAUUCAGGCGGCUGAUCCAAACAAGAGUCGCUCCUCUAAAUGUCCUCAGCUCAUAAAAAUUUCCUCAAACCUUCUCACUUCUAUACCCAAUGAUCAGCUUCCGCAUUUUAUAGGAUUUGUUGAUCGACGACAAUCCUCUCAAAUUUUGUAUACAACUUAAAAUGUAUAGUGUGUUGUUUGGAAUGAAAACUCAGAUAUUUGAAGGAUCCUUCAUUUCAUUGUCAACUUGGUCUCAUUAUCGUAGUUUAUGUACUGCCUUUUUGCUUGUAAACCCUUAAUUGCUUGGUGAGUAGCUUCUGAAGUCCGGCUCCAAUGUGAUGAACUUGCAAUUGAAUUAGGAAGUCAAUCAUGUUGAUAAUUUUAUCUUCAACUUUUUUUGAUUCCAUACU